GCGAGCGGCAGCGCCUGGCUAUUUUGCUGCCCGUGUAUAUGUAUGUGUUUGGCCAUGUCGUAUCCUCAGGGUUACUUGUACCAGCCCUCCGCUUCCUUGGCUCUCUACUCGUGCCCGGCUUACAGUACCAGCGUGAUUUCGGGACCCAGGACCGAUGAGCUCGGGCGAUCUUCUUCGGGCUCCGCUUUUUCGCCUUAUGCCGGAUCUACCGCUUUUACCGCCCCUUCUCCGGGUUACAACUCCCACCUCCAGUACGGCACAGACCCGGCAGCUGCCGCCGCCGCCGCCUUCACUUCCUACGUGGGCUCACCCUACGACCACACACCAGGUAUGGCAGGUUCCCUGGGGUACCAUCCCUACGCGGCGCCCCUGGGUUCCUACCCCUAUGGAGAUCCAGCCUACCGAAAAAACGCCACCCGGGAUGCCACCGCCACCCUGAAGGCCUGGCUGAACGAGCACCGCAAGAACCCCUACCCCACCAAGGGCGAGAAGAUCAUGCUGGCCAUCAUCACCAAAAUGACCCUCACCCAGGUCUCCACCUGGUUCGCCAACGCCCGCCGGCGGCUCAAGAAGGAGAAUAAAAUGACCUGGACCCCAAGGAACCGGAGCGAGGACGAGGAAGAAGAGGAGAAUAUCGACCUCGAGAAAAACGACGAGGAUGAGCCCCAGAAGCUGGAAGAAAAGGGCGACCCGGAGGCUCCCGAGACAGGCGGAGAAGAGCAGAAGGCAGCCCCGGGCUGCGAGCGGCUGCAGGAGCCCCACUCCCCGGCGGGCCAGGAGGCCGAGGGCGGCCUGAGUGACUCGGAUUGUAAAGCGCCUCCGGAGGAGAGGCUGGCUGGGAGGCCGGCCCCCCCCAAAGCGGCCGGCCCUGCGGCCUUGGUGCAGUGCCCGGCCAGCCGGAUCCUGCAGCAGGCGGCGGGCGGCGAGGAGCACCAGUACCGGCCCCCUUCGGCAGCCGCCGCCGCCGCCCCCCACCCGGGAGAGCUGCACCCCAUCGCCCCCUCCAGCAACAGCACGUCGGUGAUCCACUCGCCGCAGCAGGCUGCCCUCGCCAAACCCAAACUCUGGUCCCUGGCCGAGAUCGCCACCUCCGCGGACAAAUCGAAAGAGAGCAGCAGCGAGGUGUCUCCGGGAGCCGGGCCGACCCAGGGCCCUCCCUUGGCCGGGAGCAGCACCUCGCAGUCCCCGUCGCGGUCCCCCUCCUCCCAGUGCCCUUUUCCUAACAGCGCCGUCCUCUCCCGGCCCCUUUACUACGCGUCUCCGUUUUAUCCCGGGUACACGAACUACAGCACCUUUGGGCACCUUCACAGCCACGCUGGCACCAGCCCGGCAGCCGGACCCCCCGGCAGCCAUUUCAGUGGAUUAAACCAGACUAUUUUAAACAGAGCAGAAACCUUGGCUAAAGAAACUAAAAUGAUCAGAAGCCAAUCCCAAGUAGAUCUUUGCAAAGACUCACCUUACGAACUGAAGAAAGGUAUGUCCAACAUUUAAUAUUGGCUUCUUCUCCGAUAACUCCCCUUGGGACUUUGGUUUUUUUUUUUUAAUUUAUUUAAUGCUUUGGCAGUUAUUUUUCCACUACCAAGAGAAAAACAAAACAAACAAACAAACAAAAAUCAAAGACACACUCCUAGUCAAAAGUUUAUAAUUCAUAGGAAAUGGCUGAGUAUAAAAGAACUCAGAAAUGUCUUAAUCAACUGAAAACAAAAAUUACACACAAAAGGAGAAAGAUUUGUAUUAAAUCUUAUUCUGUAUAUUUAAUGUAGCUUUUUGUAUUUAAAUUGAUAAUACGGUAUCUUUGAAGUAACUUAUGAAACCAA